AUACGGAGCAAUUGUACGUAUGGACUUUUGAAAAAUAUAUUAGCAGACUUUUUGACCAUAUGACAUGUACAUUAGUUCCACAUGACCACAUGUCAAAUUAUGUGAUGACUCAUCACUACAUCAAACAACAUGUGGCAUAAUGAUCUGACACGCAUGAAGCAGCAACUAACGUUAUACAAUCAAAUACUUUCAUCCUCCACCAACCUAUUAUCAUUCUGAAGAAAUUAAGGAAAAGAGCUGAGAAUAAUGAGUAGUUUCAAGUGUUUCCACGAGACAUGGUUGCAGCAGUUGAAGGAAAUGAUACACCAGCUCAUGCAAGCUCCCGGUGCGACGACCACCGUUGACCACCACAACUUGCACCAACGGCUUGUCUACAAGGUCAUGUCUCACUGCCACAACUACUCCAGGGCCAAGUCGGCCGCCGCGAAGCGUGACGUCCUCCACGUAUUCACCGCCCCGUGGGCAUCCUCCCUCGAGCGCUCGCUUCACUGGAUCGGCGGCUGGCGCCCCACCACCCUCUUCCACCUUCUCUACACCGAGUCCAGCAUCCUCUUCGAGUCUCACAUUGUCGACAUCCUCCGUGGCAUCCGUAACGGAGACCUCAGCGACCUCACCCCUUCCCAGCUCCGCCGCGUCAGCGAACUCCAGUGUGAAACCGUCCAACAGGAAAAUAUCAUCACCGACUAACUCUCCGAUUGGCAGGUAUGCAUAUGCAUGCCUUGGUGGAGUUAGAGAAAUAACGGUGGGAGCGAUAUAAUGGGGAUGAUGGGCGAGGGGAAGAUAGAUGCGAAAAUGGAGAAGCUGGGGGAGAUAUUGGAGAUGGCGGAUGAGCUAAGGAUGAAGGCAAUCACCAACUUGGUGGAGCUUUUUACGACGCGGAAAGCGAUGGAGUUCUUGAUUGCGUCGGCGCAACUCAUGUUCGGCAUCCGUCGUUGGGGUUCAUGACAGGCGACCGGAGAACGCCGAGCCAGCCUUUCAGCCUCAUCAGGACCAUAUAUAAGUUUCUAAUUUGAAUUUAGGGGUUCUUAAGAAUCCUUUUAAAAAAGAAAUUGAAUCUAUAUCUUGACACAACAAUUUAGUAGAGUGAAACACUUCACUACUUAUUCUUCCACUUGAAUCUAGCUUCUAGAGUAUUGAUUAGAGUAUGUAGAGAUUAAGG